CUAUGGUGUUCUUUCCCGCGGUGACCACCAUCUUUUUUAUUGGAGUGUGAUUUUUUGUUUAUGUGUUUUGACAUCAGGAAGGCUAUAUUUUAUUUUUGAAGUUAUGGAAAGAAAACAUCGCAGGACUCAUCACUGUGCAGUACCUAAUUGUCCCACCAAUAGAAAUCCAUUUUUUAACAAAAGCUUCUUUAGGUUUCCAAGAGAGGAAUCGUUGUGCAAGGAGUGGGUGGCAGCCAUCGGGCGGUCAGACUUCACGGACAAGAGCGCAGAGUUCCUCUACAGCGCACACAGAAUCUGCAGUGAGCACUUUGAGGACAAGUGGUUUGUGAAUGAGCUGAAGAACAGACGCCACAGCCAGGCGGUGCCCAGCAUCUUCCUGACGCACGGCAGUCACCACGGCGCCAGGCAACGGCGCAAGCGACAAGCCGACGACGGUGGACCUCAGCCGAGGCAGAAGAAACGAAAGUUGGCGCUGAAGGCUAAGGAUGUGAACUCUGUCUCGACUGACGAAGCGUCGGGCCGUGGAAGAGUGUCAUCAGGCAUGCCGGUGAGCGCGGGCGGUCCGUGCUGCGCCGUGCCGUGCUGCUCCAACAAGAUGCACGUGACGAGGGGCAGCGACAAGGCGAGCCACGUGCUGUACCACUCGUUCCCCCGCACGGCGGGCCUCAGGCGGGCGUGGAUGAAGGCGUGCGGCCUGGGGCGCCUCCUGGGGCGCAGCGGCCACUUCGUCUGCUCCGACCACUUCCCGGCCGCGGACUACGUCACCAGCCGCUCCAACGGCCGCAGGAAGCUGAAGCAGACUGCUGUGCCCUCACAGAAGCUGGGUGGGGGCACGGACAACAAGAGAGACGUGUUCCGCUGGCCGGUGAUCGACAAGGUGUACGCGCAGUGGAAGGAUCACUCGACCUUGGUGAAUGAGACCACGGUUGUGAUAAAGCAGGAGGCAGAGGAGCCGGUAGUGAACGGGACCGCGCAGUCUACAAAGCCGUGCGUCGUCAACCUUUCCUUGAACAACGUUCUGACCAGAAGAGAUUCCAGAGAGGUGCUGGAGCUGCUGACGGCGGGGAGCCUCCCGGUCCCGGCGGGGCCGAAGCGUGGCCGCAGCGAGGCCAACACCGACCCCAUCGUGAAGCUGUACAGAAGCGUGCGGCUGGAAACUGCGCAAGGAAAAGAGAGAAUGUCGGUCGAUGACGUGAGGUCGGACGCCGGUGAGGGAGCGACUCGGGGCAAGCCUGCUCGUUCAGGCAGGCGGGAUCCGGGUUUGGGAGUGACGUCAGCUAACUCCACAUUUAAGGAAAAAACGAAAACUUACAAGCGUGGAAAAAGACGACGGGUUUUUACGAUACUUAAAAGAAUACGAUCGAGGAUUUCGACCACGCAAGAGAAAUCUAGAAGUUCGGUGAUCAGCAGCAAACCACGUUUCUCAACUAGUGUAGCGAACCAGAGUAGAUCACGUUCGAGAACUGUGAAACCCGAAGAAAAAUACAAACCCAUUUUGGAAGAGCCAUCGAAAGUCUGUGACAAACAGAGUGACUGUAAAGAAACCAGUUUCUCGGUGCUGGACAACGUGCCCUGUCCGACAUCUGACGUCGGUCAGACGGUGCCGGACGUGCCGGAUAACAUGUCCAGCACGACCUCCGUCAGCUCUGAGAACAGCAGUCAGUUGGUCAUGGGCAACGUGGCCAGCCCUGCGACCGACGACGACGAAGACGGUCACCACGUGUACCUGGAGAACGUUCCCAGUUCCACCACCGAUGACGUGGAGAAGAGCAUGGUUGCAAGUGUGUUCGACAAACUAGAGAAUGAUCAGGACACCGCUCCGGACUCGACGGAGUCCUUGGUCGCCGCAGACUUGCCUGUCGCAGAGAUGAAGCAGAAACGACGAGGCGUGAGCAAAACGAACCCCGCGGCGCCCGUGCGGAGGACGGAGAGAGUGCCGGUGAAGAAAAAGUUCCCGGGUGACUUCGAAGGCCCCGACUCGAAGAUGGUGAGGAGGCGGAGGGGCAAGACCCUCUCCCCGGAGCGAGUUGAUUCGCCAGCACCGGCCGUAGAGACACCGUCCACGCCGCCAUUCAGGCACGCAUCACCCGAGAGAACCACCUCCUGUUCGCCCGUCACGUCAUCGACAGUGCCUGGGGGAGUGGCCCCUUCCACCACGUCGACACCGGCCAAGUCACCAGCAGCACCCGAGAGCAGCCCGCCCCCGGAGGAGCUGUGCUUCGUGUGCGACAAGGCGGCGCGGGGCGGCGUGUCGGUGCACCAGCGCACGGCCACCAGCGCAGUGCACAUCCACGAGAAGCUGGAUGCCAUCCUGGGGGUGGACCGGCUGACCUUGAAGCUGGACGAGGAGGCCGUGCUGUGUCCGCGCUGUGCCCAGCUGCUGGACUACGUGGACCGCAUCGAGGUGGAGCUGGACACGCUCAACCGCGCCAUCGUGGACUGCAUGCGGCCCAAGUGUGUAUCGGAAACGUCUGGUGUAACCGAGGAGCCGGCCCGGCGACAGCACGCCUGCAGGAUCUGUCGCUUCAAGACGCCGUACCAGUCGCUCAUGGUGUUCCACCUGCGGCAGCACCUCAAGGUGGGCAGUUACCGCUGCGACUUCUGCAGCUGCCGGCUGCAGGCAGACGAGGUGCGCAAGUGUCUCCGGCCCGAGCAGCUCGGCUGAUGGCUCUGCCCGAGCAGUGCUUCAAGAGACUUUUAAAAACGAACCGUGUUUGUUUGGACUGCAACCAUGUUGAACACUAAAGUACAUUAUGUGAUUCUGUAACUUAUGUUCAUACGCAUGUAUAAAUUUGUCAUUUCUAAAAAAAAAAAAAAAAAAAAAAAUUGGGCAGUAAUUUUUUUUUAAAUUUUUGAUUUAACAAUACACAAAUGGGUACUAUUCGAUUCAAAAAAAUAACAGGCGCACAGGCCUAGUUUCAGACUGUUCAUAAAAAACAUCACAAAAUUUGCUGUUUCUAAAAUUCUAAUUAAAAUGGUACCACAAUGUUAGACUAAAAAAA